AUUGUAAAUAAAUUUAUAUAGUUUUUUUAGAAUGAAAAGCAUGUACCUGUGAAAAGCUACGAAGAUCGGGAAAAGGUUUGAAAAUAUUUGUAAAAUAUGGCAACGGUGCUGACGAAAAAAUAACGUCAUUAUUUCUUAACCUCACCAAAAUUGUUUUCAUUUUCGAUCAAAAUCAUAUCAAAAUAAAGUUUUGAGACCUGGUUGAGUUGAGACUAAAAAUAUUCACAGAAAACAUAUAAAUGUAUCAUUGGAUACGUAUUUUAUAUGAAAAGAUAAAUGUUCAAAUUUCAUUUUGUAUAGACGGAAUUAUACAAUAAACAUUAGGUAGUAGUUCCAUUAAAUAGAUCAUGUCUGAUGACGAGGUAUUGUAUAUUAAGAAGCAAAAAACAAUUCAUUAUGGUUCAUUAGAAGAUGCGGAAAGGAAUAGAUUAGAGACUGUAGGGCAGGAAAAUGAAGAAAGCAAUGAUACUAAUUCUGAACCGGGAGUUCCUCCGCCUCCCCCUCCCGAGGAACAAAAUGAAUAUAUCGGUCUCGAGGAGGCAAUGUCCAGAGAUAAACAAGCUCUUUUAGAGGAGUUUGAAAGGCGGAAAAAGGCUCGAUCCAUAAAUGUUUCCACUGAUGACGGGGAGGUUAAGAGAAACUUGAGGCAAUUGGGAGAGCCGAUUUGUUUAUUUGGAGAAGGCCCGGCGGAAAGAAGGAGUCGACUUCGGGAUAUUUUAAGUCGAUUGGGAGAGGAUUCUGUUAUUCGUAGAGAAGCCGAAGAAGAAAGAAAACAGUUUGAAAAAGACCAAGAGCAAACAUGGUAUCAUGAGGGCCCCGAUUCUUUAAGAAUUGCAAGGUUAUGGAUUGCAGAAUAUUCCCUUCCACGUGCAAAAUUAAGGCUGGAAGAGGCUAGAAACUUUUUAGAAUUACCUGCAACUACAAAAACAGCCAAGUCGCAAGAACUACAGAAGAAACUCCAACAAAUGGCCAUUCACUCGUCACAAAUAGGUGACACUAGACCUAUUUCUUAUUGUACAUUUAGUCCAAAUUCAAAGCUCUUAGCCACAGCCUCUUGGAGUGGUUUGUGUAAAAUUUGGACUGUACCAAAUUGUGAAUUAAAGCAAACUCUGAAAGGACACACAUGUAAUGUAGGAGCUAUAGUAUUUCAUCCAAAAGCGACUAUUUCACAAGAGGAAACAAUUUGUAAUAUGGCGUCUUGUGCAGCAGAUGGGUCAGUAAAAUUGUGGGAUUUUAAAGGUGAAGAACCAAUUGCAGACAUAGAAGGCCAUAUGCCACAUAGAGUCUCUAGAAUUAGUUUCCAUCCAUCUGGUAGAUUUUUAGGUACUUGCUGUUUUGAUAAUUCCUGGAGAUUAUGGGAUUUACAACAAUGCACAGAAGUCCUUCAUCAAGAAGGACAUGUUAAACCAGUGUACUGUAUUUCUUUUCAAUCAGAUGGAUCAGUGUGUGCUACGGGUGGUUUAGAUUCUUUUGGAAGGGUUUGGGACUUACGUACAGGGCGAUGUGUAAUGUUUAUGGAAGGACAUUUAAAAUCAAUUUAUGGAAUAGAUUUCUCACCAGAUGGAUACCAUAUAGCUACAGCUAGUGAAGAUAACAAUUGUAAAAUAUGGGAUUUGCGAAAGAGGUCCCACAUAUAUACCAUUCCUGCUCAUAACAAUCUUAUAUCAGAUGUAAAAUUUCAAAAAACUGAUGGGAAUUAUUUGGCCACUGCUUCAUAUGACAAUAAGGUCAAAUUAUGGACUAAUAAAACCUGGCAACCACUGAAAACUCUGUCAGGACAUGACGGUAAAAUAAUGUCCUGCGAUCUUUCUCCUGAUAACAAUUAUAUAGCCACAAGUUCCUACGAUAGGACAUUCAAAUUAUGGUCACCUGAAUUUGGAUAACAAUAUAUUAAAAUAAAUAUUUACAAUACAUGUAUAAAUAUUAAGUCUAUAGAAUAUAUAAGAUUAUAUCUUAUAAAGCUUAAGUUAUAUUGCUGAAAAUAAAAUUAAGCUUAAUUUGAA